AUGUCCCAGGAGACAAUUCUUUUAGACGAAAAUAACCAAGAUGAAGAUAGAGUCACGGUUAAAAAGCUUAAGACAGAGUCAAAAGCUGAAGAGGAUAAAGAAGAACGAGACGAAAAUGGGAAACGAAGGAAGAAGAAAGAGAGAAGGGACAAACUUGAUGAUUUUCUGACUCAACAAACACCAAGAGUAAUUGGCGAACGAAUCCAGGUUCCUCUCUCAGCCAAGUCAAUGUUUCCAACUCUUAAAUUGGUCAUUCAGUAUUCAAUAGCAGAACGAUUGACUCCUGAAUCUGGUACCUUCAACGAUAAACUUGAAAAGCUGUAA